AUGUUCUCCAGACUCAAAUCUUCCUUCGCGCCUUCUAACAAGCCGGCCAGUAUAGACAAUAAUAACAAUGAGCUUCGGAAACGAAAUCGUCUUUCAAAGCCACCAACAAAUACAUCAUCUUCGAAUCUGUCAAGUCCUUCACUACUCCAGCUUGGAAAUCGCAGCAGCACUCUGCUGCAAUUGAGUACAAACACCGAAGAAGUCCAGGACGAGUCUCCAAUAGCCGCAGACGACGAGCCACGAGAGGCUUCAAAGGCACACAUUUUCGGUCCAGAGUCUAAAGAACCAGAAGCACCUGCCCAAGGUGAUACAGAAGCAUGGAGAGUGGGUGCAUUUGUUGUCAGUGAUAUUGAAACACAACAUUCGACUUCACCUACCACAAAGUCGCCAUUAACUUCAUCUUUCUCCGCCAUGUUCAAUACCUCUCGUCUAUCACUGAUAUCCCUCAAAGAGCACAAAGACGUCAAGGAUGUGAGCCCGCCAAAGACAGAAAUUCGCUCAUGCAAUCUCUCACGAGAAGAUCUCACUUCUCUAAUUCCCAUCCGUCGAAAGUCAUUGAACCAGCCAGGAAUCGCAACGAGGGUUGGGAAAGAUGAGCGCUGGAGUCGAUCGCCAUCAGGCGAGUUGGGGGUGGAAGCAAAAUCAGUGAUUCCCGAAGAAGCUUCCUCUAGCGAGCUGGAAGCUUUGAACCUAGAAACUUCCAAAUUUGAAAAGCCAGUGCCACCUCCAUUAGUUAGGACGGAAACACCAUCUGACCUCGUCUUUCUCGGCGGCUUGAGAUUGGGCUCUUUGCAUAUCACCAAUGGCUGUGCUUCCCCUGCACCUAGUGAUUUGUCCAUGAGAGUGAAGACUCGGUCAACACCCAAUUUGAGGACCAUGUCAGGUGAAUGUGGCGAUUCUGAUCAUGAAGACUGUGAUGCCAAUACACGCAUCGUCAACAACGUUAGACCUUCGAAACGGCCGGGUAUGCCUACUGUGCCUUCGCAGCUCGUCUCAAAAGUUCCUCAUCCAAGCCCAUUGCGCUUCUCCAGCAAUGAUAUCCUACCGAAGAUUAACACGCGUUGCGAAGACGUUGAUAAAACAUUGGGAAUGGACAGAGCAGGUCAGGGCAUCACCACUACAGACAGAUCUCCAGGAUGGAGUAUUCGUAUGGCAGAAGAAUACAUGGCCGAGCUUCCCACCAGCCCCUUUGAGAUUCCUAGGCACAGUUCGAGCCCUCAAUCGAUCCUGAACCCGAUUAGCAAGUCCACUGAGUUUGAUGACGGGUUAUUCGAAGAUGAUAGUGUCACACCUUCUGAUUUUGAUAGUGUCUACUCUUCUACUAUAGACACCCACUACUCUUCAAAUGGUGCCACUACCGCUUCGGACCAACACGAAUCCUCACCUCUGUCGACGAGACCAACUUACACCUUGGCUGAUAGUGGUUACAGUUCGAAUUCGUCGCUCAAAGACAGCAACGAAGAGACCGGCGAGAGGACAGAUGCCGACCACGCCAAUUCAGUCAUGAACGCUGUACAAAAUGGACUCAGCAUAUCCAAAAACCGACAAGAUCGUAGACCAGGUCCUCGUCCUCUGAGACCAUCAAUCCUCAAGCAGGCUAGAGCGACUACUACCUCACUCCCUACUUUCCACAAUCUGCACCAUUCGACAACCACUGUUUCGACAGUCACGACCACGACUUCGAUGCCUCCUACGAACCGGGGCAAAAAGUUGGCCAAGCCUCGAUUGUUGUCUCGCUCGGCUAGGAGGAAAGACAUCACCGUUCAGGGCAAUCAGGAAGUUAUCACUAGCUCUGUUCCCCCAGUCCCUGCAGAAUUUGAGGCCAACCUAGCAAUCCGAUCACAUCAGGUCCCAGAACUAGAACACACUUUUGAGACCAGGCAGCAUACUACCGAAAGUCCUCUUAUGUCGCCUGUUGAGCCUGUGGAGAUACGGUUCCCUUCUCCUGCCGCAAGUGUCGAUAUGAUUGGCGAGCAGUCAGCAGCACCACCGCGACCCCCAAUCCAUAAGGACUCUAUCUUUGGUCGGCGCAGCAGAUCUAUCAAGAGAUCGAACGUUGAUCACAGUUCACAAGAGAUGAGCGAGGCUGAUGCAUUGGCCAUAAUUCAAGACUUCGGAACUGUUGGGUACUCGUUAGGUGGUAAUCCCUAUGACGUUGCACGCACCAACCUUCAAUCAAGUCCUCGAAAGCAUGUCGAGCCCGCCCGGAAGGUGAACCCACACAAUAUUACAAGCGCGGCAAGACGCACAAAAUCUACUGGUGGUAUGGAUGCCGAAACAGCAGCUGAACUCGCUCGCAUGCGCAGCCGGACCAUUCAUGAACGAAACUCGAUGAGUCUAGCUGAAAAACGAGACUUGUUUAACGACAGAGGUGGUUUACCAGGCAAGAACCUACGCCCCAUGAGUUUUACUACCAAUACACCACCAUUACCUCCUCUACCCGCAGGCUUCGGGAGCAAUCAGAGCCGCAACUGGGAGCCGCAGACCAACCAUGAUCAGAUGCAGCAAGCGGACAAAUGGAACCCUCGGUUUUAUCAGAAUGUAUUCACUGACAACACAAACGUGGACCCAGCCAAUGAUCCAUAUGGGUAUAAUCAGCUGGAUGAUGCGUCAUCUUAUAAUGACUGGCCUGCCGAAUGCUAUUCAGAAGAUUAUCGGUCUGAGUUUAAUCGGCCUAGAGACGGUCGCCGAGAAAGCUGGCGUUCCGAUCGUGUUGAAAUAAAUUUUGAUCCGCGAGAGAGCUCGAGUCCAACCCACGAAGAACGCCACUUCAAUCGCCAAUACGGAGACGACUCACAAUAUGAUUAUGGUAAACCUUGGCUACAAUUUCAAGCAGCUUUCCAUAGCACUACCCACUGGGACUUUAACGAAGUAGAACACGAGGCGCCUCCGCCACCUCCACCACAUUCGCCUCGGCCAUUGUCUAUUGCACCUCACGAAGAAGGUAGCACAUGGGCACGGCAUGGUCAAGCAUGGCGAGAGGAGAGACAGUCCACAGGUGAAGCACACCCUAACGGCGGCAAGAAUUGGUCAUAUGGGGACGAUAAUAGUCUCUACCCACCAAUUCCACCUCGAAAUGUGCCUUCAAAUCAAGCAUAUCACCAUAGGGACGCUAGACCAGCAAGCACCUACCAUCAGUAUCCGGCAAACGAUGCUAUUGGUCCCGAUGCUUCGUAUGGCUCAUAUCACAGCUGCGAGCAUAGUCGACAUCCCUCACGACGGCACAGUCAGGCUAACAGCUACAAUGGAAGCAACGCGGGGUCUCAGGCCGGAAGUUUACACCCGCCCCGCGAUCCUCAACGUGUGGGUUCCAGUCCUCAGUUUGGCCGCCAUAGUGGAGGCUUCAGUUACGGCUAUGAGCGUGGAGCCGGGUUUGGUGGGAGUGCCGGAACCAGGAGUGUUAGCAGCGGAUUCGCUGGAGCAAGCAGGAAGGGCAAGGAGUUGAGCCAGGGAUUCGGGGUGGAUCUGAGCGAUGUACCGAUUAUUGCUGGGCUCAAGAUGUCGUGA